AUGAGCACGGAGGGAGUGGGAGUCCCCGCGGCGAGGCAAAGGAGGGAAAGCAGGCGGCCCGAGAGAGAGGAGGUUGAAGGAGGCAGAAGGAGGCCAAAGGGAACGACGAGGAGGGGAGCUCAGGAGGAAGAGGAAGGAGAAGGUUCGGCACAGCGUCGGCACACGACAGCUCCCCCAGACGGCGUGGCCAGGGCACCCGGAAGCGCGGUAGCUUGGUAUGGCCUCGGCAGGACGGGCGACGGAAAGCACCACGGUGACGAGAAUAGCAACUGGAACAGCAAGCGACCGUCAGGCGGGCUGAUCCAUGGCUCGCUCGGCGUCCGUGCUGGCCCCCUCCUCCUCCUCCGCCGCGGCGGCUCCCCUCGCGUCGUAGGAGUCGUCGAGCCGGGUUCGCCCUCGCCCUCCCUUUCGUCGGCUCAGCCUUGCCCGUUUCCGUUGGCCGUCAUCGUCGGCGGGUGGCCCUCGAUGGCUCGUAGGGCCAGCUGGCGGCACGAGCUAGCGAGUCGGUCCAUGCUCUCGGCCGCUCGACGCCAACGCUGCACGUUCACGGACGGACAGGAGGGCGAGCCAAGGACGCGCGCGGUGGGAUCGAGGCGACGGCAGAUGGCGGCGGCGGCGGCGGCGGCGGCGGGCGCAGAGUCGUGGGCGACACCCCUGCGGGCAGGCCCAAGGGGGCUUGGUGUCGCGUGCCGUCGUGCCGGGGCGCGCGCCUCUGGAAUGCCGCCGUCCCGGCCAAGACACGAGAAUGUUUGUUGCGUCGGCGGAACUCGAAGGGCAGGCUUCGAGCGAGGAGGGGGUGCGGUCAAGUCACACGCACAAUAA